UGUAAAAAAUAAAAAUGAUUUCAAUUUCUAACUGAUAACACUUAUUUAAUUAUUACUAUAUAAGUAAAUUUUACGGACACAAUAAAUAAUAAUCUGGGAAAUGCUAUGAGCCACAAACAAAACACAAAACACAGCUUUCAGACAAAUAAUCUGAAGAGAAAAAAAGAACAAUGACACAAAACCAUGUCUUCUUGCUACUCACUCUUCUAUGUCCCUGUCUACUUACCGUCACCGCCUCUUUCUCACCCAAUAAUGCAUACCCCACCGUGAACGACGGCGCGUGCGGUCCAAGCACCGCAAAUGGUAAUCUCCUGCAGGUCCCUAAGCGAAAUGGCAAUGGGAGAAUAAUUGACAUUAGCCACAGGUAUGCGAACGACUUGCCGGCUUUUAACUCUGGGGAGGGGCUCGGACAGUUCCUCUGGCUAAAAAAGAGCAUGAAAAAUGGCUCCCUCGCUAACCAUUCCGAGAUGAAGAUGUCCGUACACUCGGGCACGCAUGUGGAUGCUCCUGGCCAUGUUUUUGAUGAUUACUAUGACGCUGGUUUUGAUAUGGACUCGCUUGACUUGGAGGUCCUUAAUGGUCCAGCACUGUUAGUUGAUGUUCCAAGGGACAAUAACAUAACUGCUGAAGUGAUGAAGUCCUUGAAUAUUCCUAAAGGAGUAACUCGAGUGCUUUUCAGAACUUUAAAUACUGAUAGGAAGCUUAUGCUACAAAAGGAGUUCGAUUCAAGCUAUGCUGGAUUCCUGAGUGAUGGGGCAAAAUGGCUGGUAGAAAACACAGACAUCAAACUUGUUGGACUUGAUUACUUAUCAGUUGCUGCCUACGUUGAUGCCACCCCAACACAUCAUGUUUUCCUUAAAAGCAGGGAAAUCAUUCUAGUGGAGGGACUGAAACUUGACAAUAUUCAACCAGGACUAUAUGAUGUCCAUUGCUUGCCCCUAAGGUUAUCUGGUGCUGAAGGGUCACCUGCAAGAUGCAUUCUAAUCAAAUAGAAACUUUCCUGCCAUUUGGAAGCGUUUUGAUUGUUGUUGAAACGGACCGGUAUAUCAUUGUAUUUACAGGUACUCAAAAUACAGGAACAUAUUACAUAUGCGUCCAUAGUCUGAGCCCCUGUAAGAUGCAUUUUAUGAAAUGAUAUAUGAAUCUUUCAUUGAAAGCUUUGUUAUUUUUUGUUCACUAUUGAAACUAAUUCAAUGCUGGAAAAUAUUUACCUGCU